UGACAAAUCCUUUCAAAUUAUCAACAUGUCAGCUGUAAAUUGAAAGUCUCAAAGGAAGGAUAUAUAAAAUGAACGAUUUACUGCAAAAACAUGGGUGUUCUGUGGUAUUCAGCGUCCCUGACGGACUCAAGGAACUCAUGGCGGAUAUUACACGGGAGGUUCUCCGCGAUCAACCUGAGAAGAUAUAUGACUACAUAACCAACUACCUCUCAGUUUUGAUUCUGACACGCGAGCACGGUCUUUUAGCGGUCAAGCUGCUAGAUGAUCUGUGUGAUUGUCGACCAACUGUCUCCGAGCAUCUGCUGCAGCUCGGCAUGGAGCGAGAUGUGGCUUCGGCCCUCUCUCAGGUUAUCAAGGAGGAGAUUGAGGUCUUUGAACCUGUUGACGGGAAAGAAAAGGUAAAAGAGAUGCUAAUCAUGAAGAAGAUCCUGGCGCGGGUUAACCUAGACGAGGACAUGGCGGAGAGGGUUUGCCAGGUCAGCAGGAACGCCUACCGUGACUACUGGUACCGGAAGAAGCUCAUGGAACAGGCUCUGAAAUCUCAACCAGAGGAGCCUUGGCAGAUUGCGGCUGAAAGAACUUUGGAGAUUUACAAGAAAACGAAGCCUUCAUAUACUGAACUCAACAGAGCUACUCAGAAGAUACAGGCAGCUUACCGAGGCUACUAUGUCCGCAAGAACCUUCUACGCCACCUGAAGUUGAAGCCUAAGAAGACUGGACCGAAAGUGGAUCUGCCAGGACCACCGUUAGACGUAGCUGGUUCAAGGACCAUGGAACUUGGGCCUGUUAUAGUUUUAAAUGUUAAAGAGGACGACGUCACGGGAAUAUACGAAAAGCACGCCAGUAAGAAAUUAGGACUACAAUAUGACCCAAUGAAGACAUUAACUCACGUGGAAGUGAUCCCGGAUGGGUCGAAGACGCCUUCAGCAAGACCCAGCGAACUUAUGGCCAGGAGGGUUUCUGUAGUAGUGGCGAAAGAUUCUGUCGCUGACUCAAUCAAAUCGAGUGGGUUGAAGCCCAGAGCCAGUAUAAUAGCUCCGACAAUGAAAUCUAGACCAAGUAUUAUAUCUUCGACCGCGAAGUCAAGACCAAGUAUAAUCGCUCCAACGAUGAAAUCCAGACCAAGUAUGGUAUCUGGUGGGCUCGCAACGACUACGCCAAUUCCUUCUGGGCACAGAAUUUCUUUCGCCCCAGCAAGCAUACCAUUUCACUUUGAUGUUGAUGCUGAUGAUGAUACUGAUGACGAUGACAUACCUGAAGAGAUUGUUCCUCCAUUGAUUGAAAUAGCGCCAGAGGUUCCAGAUGAAGCUCCAGAUUCGAGGAGCGAAGGUGAUGGGAGAAGCACGCCAUCAUCAGCACCGCCAUCCUCCACACACUCGCCUGCACCGGCUUCUACGCCUCACACAGACGUCACAGACGAAGAAUGAGCAGGAGCACUUGAUUUUACUUAGCUUGCUACUCACAGCAAUUCCAAAAGCCAUGUGUUACUAUUUGAUUUUACAAUAUAAAAAAGUAUUACCACAGGUUGGCAAACGCUAACCCGAUUAAGACAUCGUUAUUUUUGAAUCAAUUUUAAAGUCCUUUCAAUUCUUUGCUUCUAUGUGUGUAGCGUAAGUACUUACAUGCAUCUCUUUCUAGAUCUGCGAAGUGAAUGGGAGUGAAUGGGAGUUAUUAUGCAAAUAUGAAAUACUGUUUUGUUUCACAUACUAUGUUUUUCGUCAUGUACUUCCAUUUUGAGAGCUACUACUCUGUAUUUUGAAUUUAAAGCAUUGUAAACGUUAUUCACAUUAAUGUUUUUAACACUACAAAUGGCUUUCUUUUAUUUUCCUUAAAAGCGCGUUUUGUUAGUUUUGUGUAGUAACAUAUUUACUUUUAUAAAAAGACAAAGG